UUGAAUUCUUAACCAAAAACAGUCAGAAAACCCCUUAUCCCCAUGUCUUUACUCUCUGUUGUUUUUCAAGUUUAGAAUCUGUGUUGAAUCUCCUUAAAUCUGUUGCCGGCCUCCUCUUGUCUCUCAUUUUUUAUGUGUGUGUCUACCACCACCACCUCUGGCCACCAGCAACCACCACUCACCGGCUACAACCACCUUCAACCACCACCACAACCCCUGAUCAGCUAUGGGAUUACUGGGUUUUUCUUUGAUGCUUCUUUCUAUGCUUCAAAUUGUUGCUUCGCAGCAAGUUACUGACCCCAAUGAAGUGGAAGCACUAAACAAGAUAAUUAGUCACUGGAAUUUGGGAACAAAGUUGAAUAUCAGUGGUGUUGAUCCCUGCACCCAGAAUGCAACCUGGGCUCCUGAUUCUGCCAAUCCCCAAAUUGCCUGCCACUGCGCUGGCACUACCUGCCAUGUCACCAGAUUGAAGGUAUAUGCUCUUGACAUAUCUGGUGAAAUUCCCAAUGAAUUAUUCAAUUUAAAGGAACUGCAAAACUUGAAUUUGGCUCAAAAUGUAUUAAGUGGACCCAUCCCACCUGAAAUUGGACAGUUAACAAAUAUGCAAUACCUGACUGUCGGCAUAAAUAAUCUUAGUGGUCCAGUGCCUCCAGAGCUUGGCAAUCUCACCAAGUUACUAUCCUUAGGCAUCAGCUCCAACAAUUUCCAGGGACCUUUGCCUGCUGAGCUCGGAAACUUGACUUCUUUACAACAGUUGUACAUUGAUAGCAGUGGCGUGAGUGGACCGAUUCCACAACAACUAUCGAGCUUGAAAUCCCUCAUGAAACUGUGGGCAUCUGAUAAUCUUUUUACCGGAAAGAUUCCUGAAUUUCUUGGAACUUUUACGGAUUUCAUUGACCUGAGACUAGAAGGAACAAUGCUUGAAGGUCCAAUCCCGACCAGUCUUGGUGCUCUAACCAAACUUGAUGACCUGAGAAUUGGUGAUCUAAGUAUGGAAGAUUCGUCUCUUGACUUUGUGGAAAACAUGACCAGUUUGUCCAUACUAUCAUUGAGAAACUGUCGACUGGCUGGCCUAAUUCCAGAAAAACUCAGCACCUUCUCUAAUUUGAAAACACUGGACUUGAGCUUCAACAAGCUGACAGGUCAAAUACCAAUCUCCUUCCAAAACUUCACUUCAUUAAACUACUUAUAUCUUGGAAGCAACAACUUGAGUGGGGAGGUACCUCCAAACAUCAUAAGUCAAAAUCUCCUUGCGCUAGAUGUUUCCUUCAAUUCCCUCUCGGGAAAUUUACCUCUAAACUCUGCCAAAGUAGGAUUAUCAAUGAAUGUCGUUGGAACUUCUGUCAAUGCAAACAGUUUGCUGGACGGGAAAGCAUCCGGGAUGUUGCAAUGCCUCGUAGGCGGUACCAAGUGCUCUAACAAAGUUCCAGCUACUUCAUUUUCAAUUAAAUGUGGAGGCACAGUACAAACAUCAGCAUCCGGCAUCAAAUUUGAUGAUGACACGGAAACACUGGGAGCUGCUUCAAUUUACUCGAGCUCAGAUCAUCAAUGGGCUGUAAGCAACACUGGGAGUUACAUUUCCAACCCAAACGGGCCUCAAUAUACAACACAGACCGAUUCUCAAAUCAUGGAAACAUUGGAAUCAGAACUGUAUAAAUCAGCAAGGAUCUCACCGAGCUCAUUGAGGUACUAUGGCCUGGGUUUGAUGAACGGGAAGUACAACGUUGAACUUCACUUUGCAGAGAUACAAAUGGAUGAUAACUCCUCUCACUCUUGGAAAGGUCUAGGAAGGCGCUUAUUUGAUGUUUACAUUCAGGGAGAAAGAGUGCUACAAGAUUUCAACAUCAAAAAUGAAGCAGGCGGAUCCAAGAGAGCAUUGGUGAGGACAUUUGAGGCGAAUGUUACUAACACGGUCAUGGACAUUCACUUCUUUUGGGCAGGGAGAGGCACUUGCUGCAUUCCAUAUCAAAGCACAUACGGACCUCUUGUGUCCGCUAUCCAUGUUUCUCAAGCAUCCAAUGGCAUUAGUUCUUCCAAGCGUGACAAGAAACGCGUGGGGAGGAUUGUUGGAGUUGCAGUUGGAUGUGCCGCAGGCCUUGUGAUAAUCUCUUCAGUGUUCUACUUGUGGUGGACAAAGGAAAAACCGACCCACAUGCGAGUUCAUACAGACGCCCCAAGGAAAGUGUAACUCAUUCAACACAGCUCUGUUCUUAUGAUGUCUGAUAUUAUGCUGCCAAAUGAAUUGAUGAACUUGUAAUGAUGUCUUUGUCUUUGGAAUCAAGGACAAUUUAGUGCUUUUCAAAGACUAGUUCUCACAAUGUCUAUGAUUGCAAUAAUAGUCUUUGGCUUUCUGAAGUUGGAUUAGACCCAAAGACCACAUUGGCUUGAUAUGUUAACAGUUGUGUUGUGUGUACAAUGUAUAAAAGUGCCUACUUUUCAUGCUGUUCAA